AACGCCGAACAGCCGUUGAAAAGGGAAUUUAGGAUGAGCCAAGCUCGAGGGACUGAAAAGUUUACCGGAUGACGCGAGAUCAGCUCGAACAAGAUGUAAUUUUCCUCUCGUUUGGUGAAAUCGAGCUACCCCUUCUCUUCGUACAACCGUCACGCGAGGUGCUUUCGAAAUCAAACGUUUCUUUAUCAAAACUACGGCCGCGCGUCUCCCCUGACCGCUCGUAUAUCGAACAUCAGCCAACAGUAGCAGCGUACGCUAGCGCCAAAUACCGGGCGAGUGAUAAGUAGUAAACAUUCAAAGUCAGUCGGCUCUCGGCACCGCGUCUGAUCUGCACGCACCAGAUGCAGCGCCCGCGAGUAUAUAAAACCACCAACAGUACCUCGCUCGUGCUGUACUGCUGCCCAAAGUGCCCCAUCUCCCGCCGAUGUCCCGACUCUAGCUUCGCCGAUCUCACGUUUUCGCGCCAUAAAUAGCGGCCGCGCGAGCCAAAUGCCCGAGUGAAGUGCGUAUAGUGUUGUUGCUCUUGCUCCCCAAGUUCAGGAACGUGGCUCCGUCCGUGUGGGCGGGCUGAUGCGGAUAUAAGUGUCGUCGUCGUCGAGGCUUAAGUUUUCGCCAGAAAAAGUGGAAAACUCUGCGGGAAAUGAGCGGAAACUCCUUGGACAAACCGUGGAUGCAGCCGGGCGCAGGGAGCGGAGGUGGCGGGGCCCACCACCAACAACCUACCGGCCAAGGGGGUGGCGGAACGGGGGACGAUGAAGCUCCCAAAGAUCCGGGGGCUCGCAUCACUCACCAGUCCCAUCAGUACACCGAGAAGGACUUUGAAGGUCACCGAGCGCACACCGUCUACGUGGGUGUUCAUUUGCCUGGCGAGCGCAGGCAUAGACGACACCAUAAGCACCACCACUCGCGCGGUGGCAAUGGCUACGGCAAGGAGGACGGCUCCGAGGGCGACCGACCCAUCACGCCUCCCGCUCAGAGAGUUCAGUUUAUUCUGGGGGAAGAUGUCGGAGACGACGCGCACGAGUCACAUCCUCUCUUUUCCGAGAUGGAGGAACUCGUCAAAGACGGGGACGAGAUGGAGUGGAAGGAAACCGCCAGAUGGAUUAAGUUUGAGGAGGACGUCGAGGAAGGGGGGAACCGUUGGAGCAAACCUCACGUAGCCACUUUAUCACUGCACUCGCUCUUUGAGCUGAGAAGUUUGUUGCUGAACGGUACGGUCAUGCUGGACAUGGAGGCAAGCGGCCUGGAACAAAUCACGGACCUCGUUCUCGACAAUAUGAUCAACAAAAAUGUCCUCUCUGUCGACGUCAAAGACAAAGUACGAGAAGCCCUGUUGGUUCGGCAUCGACAUCAAUUUGAGAGACGCAAGGAUAACAACAUGUCCAAACUACCAAUCAUACGAUCACUGGCUGAAAUUGGACGCAACCAUUCGUCAUCGAAGAAUUGUGACUGUACAUGUGGUAUGCAUGCCUUGUUGACAUCAGAUUUCCAGGAUCGACGUGACAAUGGAGACGCUUAUGCUCCUGCCGUUGCUCGGAGCACGAGCUGUCCCAAUUCAAAUACUGCCCUACUCUCCAAAGAGGCAAAAGACCUUAAAGGCCCUUAUCUCUUGGUUCCAGUGGAAGAAUCAAAUUCUGCACCGGCUAUCGCUGCCUCAAUGGGUCAGGGUGGUGGUGGUGGUGCAGGACUGAAUCCAAGUGGCCGCUUUUUAACGAUACCCGGUAACCCUGGUCAAGAAACUGGACAGAUGGGUAUGGAUCGGAGUCCUAGCAGUAUUUCCAUUAGUAGGAAUCAUAGUGCGAGUGCGUUGGAAAAUGGAGACUCGAAUCACAGGGGUAAUACACACUUUAUGCGAAAAAUACCUGCCGGAGCUGAGGCGAGUAAUAUUUUGGUUGGAGAAGUCGAUUUUCUGGAUAAAACCAUAUCUGCCUUCAUCCGUCUUAGUCAAGCGAGUAUUAUGGGCGAUCUAACAGAGGUGCCCGUACCCACGAGAUUCAUUUUUGUAUUAUUAGGUCCAACGGGUGGCAUUUCAAAUUUUCACGAAAUAGGACGAGCUAUGGCAACUUUGAUGUCAGAUGAGGUCUUCCAUGAUGUAGCUUACAAAGCUAAAAACAGAAACCAUUUAUUAGCCGGAAUAGAUGAAUUUCUCGAUGCGGUCACUGUCCUACCCCCGGGUGAGUGGGACCCAACUAUUAGAAUAGAACCACCUGCUGCAAUUCCUUCUCAAGAUACCAGGAAAAGACCAAAGGAAGAAAAAUUGAAAGAAGACAUCGACGAGGAGGCAGAUGAACAAAAACUACGAGAAGAGUCUGGGCUUUCCAGGACCGGCAAGCUUUUUGGCGGAUUGAUAAACGAUAUUAAACGAAAAGCUCCAUUUUAUAUCUCUGAUUUCAAAGAUGCCUUGGCAAUUCAAUGCGUGGCCUCAUUCAUUUUUCUCUACUUUGCCUGUCUCUCACCUAUCAUUACAUUUGGUGGCCUUCUCAGCGAAGCCACUGGCAAAAACAUGGCUGCUAUGGAAUCUCUUGUUUCUGGAUUCGUAUGCGGUAUUGGGUAUGGCUUUUUUUCUGGACAACCGCUCACUAUAUUAGGUUCCACAGGACCAGUGCUCGUUUUCGAGACGAUUGUUUUUGAAUUUUGCAAGAAAUUAAGUUGGAAUUACAUGUCGUUUCGGUUUUGGAUCGGUUCAUGGAUUGCUUUUAUUUUAAUAGUUCUUGUAGCUAUUGAUGCAAGUGCAUUCGUUUGUUAUAUAACAAGAUUUACUGAAGAAAAUUUUGCUACAUUGAUAGCUUUCAUUUUCAUUUAUAAGGCAAUAGAAAACGUCUUAUCUAUAGGAAAAAAAUUCCCUAUGCACACCCAUGUUGGCGAAAAUUUAAGUUACGAAUGCAUGUGUAAACCUCCAAAUAAUACAUACAAUAACUUCAACCUGUUUCCUCCGACUCAAAGUGUCAAUUGGACUGCAUUGGAUAAAGUAGCAUGUCAGAAUUACAAUGGCACAUUAGUAGGAGACGGAUGUAAUACAGCUCAAUACGUACCCGAUGUGUUCCUGAUGUCAAUUAUUCUUUUCAUAGGUACUUUCUUGAUUUCGGUGCAAUUAAAAGAUUUUAAAAAUGCUCUUUUCUUUCCCUCAAAGGUGCGACAAGUGUUUAGUGAUUUUGCAGUUAUAAUAGCUAUUUUUUCAAUGUCGGCUUUGGACUAUUUUGUCGGCAUUGGUACACCAAAAUUAGAAGUGCCCGUUGAGUUCAAGCCAACUUUAGAAGGGCGAGGCUGGAUUAUAUGGCCAUUUAACGAAAAUCCGUGGUGGAGUGCGGUCAUAGCUUCUUUGCCAGCUGUAUUAGGAACUAUAUUAAUAUUUAUGGAUCAACAAAUUACAGCCGUCAUUGUAAACAGGAAAGAAAAUAAAUUAAAAAAAGGUUGCGGCUAUCAUUUAGACCUCUUUGUUUUGGCCAUCCUUAUAGAAAUAUGUUCUAUAAUGGGCCUUCCUUGGUUCGUGGCUGCUACAGUACUUUCUAUCAACCACGUGAAUUCGUUGAAAUUAGAAUCUGAAUGUGCGGCUCCGGGUGAAAAACCACAGUUUUUAGGUGUACGUGAGCAGAGAGUGACUCACAUAUUGAUUUUUUUAAUGAUCGGCUGUUCAGUUUUGCUAACUCCGAUGUUAAGCCAUAUACCAAUGCCCGUGCUGUUUGGUGUAUUUCUGUACAUGGGUGUAGCGUCAUUAAAAGGGCUACAAUUUUUCGACAGAAUCCUUAUUACCUUCAUGCCAGCAAAAUAUCAGCCAGAUUACAUGUUUCUUCGGCAGGUACCUAUAAAACGAGUACACAUGUUUACUUUUAUACAACUCACCUGCCUUAUAUGUCUUUGGGUCAUUAAGUCAUUCAGCAGCACAUCUAUUCUUUUUCCAUUAAUGUUGGUCGUAAUGAUUGGUAUAAGAAAAUUACUUGAUUUAGUCUUUACACAGCGAGAACUGAAGAUUUUAGAUGACGUAAUGCCCGAGCCACAUAAAAAACAUGCCGAAGACCUUCUCCAAUUGGAGAAUGGCGAGGAUCACGAAUCAAUCGGCUUUGCUUCUUCUGGAAACCUACAAAUUUCUUUGGCGAAUGGAAACAUAAUGAAAAUUCCUUUGACAAGUAUUAAUAUCAGUGAGGAAGUCAAUAAAACUGGUAUCUGGCAACAGGUCAACGAAGGAAAUGAUAAGUCCAAACAGCAACCUAAGAAGAUGAUCAAUGUAGGCAAACAAAAAAAAAAUUCGAAGAAAGAUGCCGUACUAUCAACAGACGAGACAACGAGACUUACCACUAUGACAGAAGAAGAUGAGGAUGACGGUGGAAUAUCAAUCAAGGUAAACUUGAUACGAUCGAAAGAUACUAGCCCUUUCAAGGCAAAUGGUUCUUCUGCCGAAACUUCCGUCUGAAUGUGUAAGAAAAUUGUGUAAUAAGAUAUAAUGUAAUAAAAUAUAAGGAAAACUUUAAAACGGACUAUACUUGCAUCGUAUACUGACUUGCAUCGUACAUGUUUUAAGUAUACUUGUAGUAAAGUGAAAAAAUAUCGGAAGAUCUGUGAAAUGUUAAAAAGUCAUUACAUUAAUUAAACAUCGCAUUAGUACUAAACAGCGAAUCGUAAGCGCAAAGCGUAAUAUGAUAUGAGCAUAAAAAAGAGCAGUCAUCACUUAUCGAAUAUUUAUGAUUUCCAUUAUUUCAUAGAUAUGCUAAAAUUAUUAACAAAAACAUUUCCUCACUUCACAAUGAUAUUAGUGUGCACGGUGAAAGUAUAAUUACGUAACGUGUCUUCGGAGAAAGUUUUAUAAUUAAGAGGCUCCAGAAUAAGUGCAUGAUUUGUACGAAAUAAUUUAAGCUCAUAAUAUGAAAAAUUGAGAUCUCAUUGUGCAUCACACUUUAAAUUAGUAAUCUGUAUAAUCACGCGCAUUAAAAAAAUUUAUUUGAUAAACUUUCAUCGUUUGAGUAUUAAAAAAGUUUUUUAAUACCAACUAAUGAUGAUUAUGACGUAUGAAAAUUUUUAUUGCAUUUUUCACAAAGACGCACAUCAAAAUGUAUGGAUUAGUAGCCUUUCUAGUCAUAUAGAUACGUAAUGUGGAAAAUAUAAUAAGAAAAAUUUUUAAUAAUGUUGAGACUUGUAAAACUUGUUUUUAAUAGUUAUAAAAAAAUGAAUUAAAAAUCGAAUUCGACUAUAAAAAAAUCAAGAAACCCCAACUAAGUGCUUCCUUUUGAAAUCCUUGAAAAAAAAAAACAUCACCUCACUUGUACAAAAGUUAAAGAUGAUAUGAAAUUCCUUACAGUAAAAUUAUUUCAAAUUUUGAAAAGAGAUUUUCUAAUGCUAACUGAUCUGUCAGGCAAAUAAAUUACGCAUUUACGAUUAUGAGAAAUGUUACUUACUUUUUUUUUGAAUGUUUGCAAAUCAGUUAACUUACAUUAGUUUUACGUUAAUUCAUUCAUGUUAAUAGAUAUGAUUAAUUUAAUGCUGGAAAAUCAGACUAACAUUAAAACUUUAAUCAGUGAGAUUUUUGUACUCCUUUAACUACGAAUACAUAAAUAUAGCAUUGUUUUUAAGAUGUGCUAACACCAUAUUUACUGAGUUUAACGUGUAAUAAAUUUGUUAAGCAUUAACUAAAAUAAGUCAAGUUUAAUUAGAGUUAUCGUAUGAUUUUUUUGUAUUUACAUAAAAAAUUUAAAUGCGUGAGGCAUUAAAAAGUAUUAGUAUUAUUUGGUUGUGAUUAGAAAGUAAUCAUACGUCAAACAAGUAAUGAUUAAAGCUUGUGAAUUUCAUGAAAAAAAAUUCGUUGCAAGUACAAUAUUUUAGUGCAAUUUUUUAUUAUUUUUCUACACUUUUAUUUACACUACAUACAGUAUUUUACAAAUUGUAACUUAUGCAACUGGAUAAAGCUAGAUGUCAUUGAAGUAUUAUAGGUUGGUUGUCAGUUAUCAAAUUUUAUCAUCAUGCAUUGUUAAUACUAUAUUUUAUACGGCGAAAAUAGCAAAAUAAUGUUUGAUAUUCCUGGCGCCAAACUGUAUUGAUGUAAAUAAAAAUAUUCGUGUAUAGAUUAGAGCAAACAUUAUUAAUGUAAUAAAAUAUUAUUGAUACAAGCUUCUGAAGUCUUAUUUAUUACGUCAUGUUAUCAUCAAUUUAAAAAUUAAUUGCUCUAUUCUAUUAGACAAUAGCGAGUACUAAGUCAUAAAAUUUUUUGUAACUACCUUAAAAUCUGUGAGCAUUUAUUGAUUUCUUUUUAACUUAGGCUGCGGUUACAUGGAGCGGAAAAUUGCGCCACAGAACUUUGGCAGGACAGUCUUUCUAUAUAUACGGAGAGCUUUACUCUGA